UCUUUAGUUUUCUCAUUUCUCGCUGAUAUCAUGUUGAGCGUGGUGUGGUUCCCUGCAACUGCAAAGGACGCUCUCACAUCUUCUUCUUCUCCUCAGUUCUCAGUCUCUCUCAGUUAUUCACUUUGACAAUCUCUAACGCUACCAUGUGGAAUUCGUCUCGAAACCCAUCUCAGCUUUCAAGCAAGAAGCAGCAGAAGCAGGAAAAAGGAGGGUUAGCAGAGAGUUUCAGGCUAGAAAAUUUCAUUCCGGGUCUUAUAAUUGGUUUCAUUUUUGGCUUGUUGAUGGACUUAACAAACCCACCAAAAAAUUACGCCAAGAAGAAGAAAGCCUUACCGGGAAAACCUCAACAACAAAGCUUGGCCUCAAAUAAUGGUGACCAAGAGCUUAAAAUGAUGGAAAAUUGCUUAUGGCAGGUUCUGGUUGUUCGGCAAGACUUGAAGAUGGGUUCAGGAAAGAUUGCAUCUCAAUGUGCUCAUGCAGCCACAGGCAUGUAUUCAGAACUGAUGCAAAGCCAACGGUCACUUUUGAGCAGAUGGGAACAACGUGGGCAACCCAAAAUAGUUGUUACAUGCAAGAAUCAACAAGAAAUGAACAAGCUAGAGGAAGCAGCUGAUAGCAUUGGGCUUCCAACUUUUGUGGUAGCAGAUGCUGGGCGAACACAGGUUUCAGCUGGAUCAAAAACAGUUCUUGCAAUUGGACCUGGGUCAAAAGCAUCAGUGGAUUCAAUUACAGGAAAGCUCCGCCUACUCUGAUAAAAGUUUCUAGGUGUUGCAACUAGUUCUUUCAUGAUCUCAAAGGACAGGGGCUUUUCCUUCAUGGUGGCCUUUGGGUACCGAGUCAGGGGUGAGGCAAACCAGCAAGAAUUUGCCAAGCUAGUUCACCACUUGCAUUCAGAAGAAGAUUGUUUACACUUGAACGCAUUGCUCUAGUGGGUUGACUUCCAAAUAAUUGUAUUAGUUGCUUAGAGAAAUUGAACUAAAGAACAGUUUUGUCUAGAGUUCUCUAUUAAUUGGUGAAUUUUGUAUUUAAUUGAAAGUAUGGAUUACCUUGUACUCAUUAAUUUUACUACUAGAGGGAAAAUAAGCUUAUAAUUCA